AUUUUGUGCCAGAACUGACUUCAUCAGCCAUUAGCUGCAUAUAUUGAAGGCUGACCAAAGAUCAUCCUCAGUCCAACAAAAGGGUUAUACGCUGAUAGACACUGCAUUCUGGAAAUUACAUCUGACAACUAACGGAUCCACGUUGCUGUCAGCGGGUAUUAUUCUUUUUGUCGUCCAGGGGCAAUCCCUAGAACUUGUUAGGUGGAACAAAAAGCCCAGCCCAUCAAGCCAGCUGAAGAUUCGCAAAUUCACCCCCGUUUUGGAAAGUCCUAGGCUAAAAAACCAGCUUUGACUUUGGUCUCUAUCAGCUAAUCUCCGGGUUCCAUCAUACAUACUACAUACCCCCCUUGAUUCCGUCAAAUAUGGAAGCUGAUAUCAGAGCCGUCAUCCCGGACAUCGACCCCGUCGUCUCCGAGUAUUCGGUAGGUUAUCUUAGGCAUGCAUCUACCGCCUGGGUCGGCGAUGAGGAUUCUGCCAAUUUGUCACCACUAGCUGAAGCUGCUGCUGCCAUCACCGAGCUCCUACUCUCGGCUUCUGGGGAUACCGCUGCUUCCAACCCGGAGAAGAUCCGCUCGCUUGUCUCCAAGUGGGUUGACAAGUAUGAGGAAGCCAACAGUAGCAAUGGCGAGAGGCAGGGCCCAUCUGCCGUGCGGCGUCUUGACCAGGCUAUCCAGGUCGGCUCUCAGCGAAAUAUGUCCUCCACCUUGGCCGUAGCUACUGGCAGCGUCGAUCUAGAGUCUGCCAAUGCCCGCAAGGUCGAGUCCAAGGUCAAUAGGAAGAAGCUUGAGAAAGCUGAACGUAAAAUCGCUGCCAAGCAGAACAAGAAGCAGUUCAAGAAUGUCGAGUACGAGGCCUCCAGGUUGCUCAACCAGCCCGAGAACACCCAGAGCUACGAGGAGUUCUACAUGGCUGUCAACCCCUUGCAGCUUGGCAACACUGGCGCUGGCAAGACCAAGGAUAUCAAGAUUGAGAAUGUCGAUGUUAGCAUCAGUGGCACGCGUAUCCUGAUGGACACAGAUUUGACACUAGCUUACGGACAUCGUUAUGGUUUGGUUGGUCACAACGGUGUUGGUAAAUCUACGUUGCUCAGAGCACUCUCCAGACGAGAGUUGCCCAUUCCUCCGCAUAUCUCUAUUCUCCACGUCGAGCAAGAAAUUACUGGUGACGACACAUCUGCUUUACAAGCCGUCUUGGAUGCCGAUGUUUGGCGAAAGGUGCUAUUGAAGGAGCAAGGAGAAAUCACGGCGCGUCUCGCAGAAAUCGAGACCUCACGAUCGGUUAUGGCAGAUACUUCCGUAGAUGCGGCGAAGCUGGAUCGUGACCGAGAAGCUCUCGAUCAAAAGCUUGGAGAAGUGCAAGCCAAGCUGGCCGAGAUGGAGUCGGACAAGGCAGAAUCCAGAGCUGCCAGUAUCCUUGCUGGUCUGGGUUUCUCUACGGAACGUCAACAGUUCGCCACCAAGACAUUCUCCGGAGGUUGGCGUAUGCGUUUGGCUCUCGCCAGAGCUCUCUUCUGUGAACCUGACUUGCUACUGCUCGACGAACCGUCUAACAUGUUGGACGUUCCCUCCAUCACUUUCCUUUCCAACUAUCUUCUUGGCUAUCCAAGCACAGUUCUCGUAGUCAGUCACGACAGAUCAUUUCUCAACGAAGUGGCGACGGACAUCAUACAUCAACACUCAGAACGGCUCGACUACUACAGGGGAGCUAACUUCGAGUCCUUCUACGCCACGAGGGAAGAGCGGAAGAAGACGGCGAAACGAGAAUACGAAAACAAUGUGGCACAGCGCGCCCAUUUGCAGGCUUUCAUCGACAAGUUCCGUUACAAUGCUGGCAAGGCUGCCGAAGCACAGUCCCGUAUCAAAAAACUCGAGCGUAUGCCUAUCCUUGAGCCGCCCGAGACCGAAUACAGCGUCAAGUUCAAGUUCCCCGAAGUGGAGAAGCUCUCGCCGCCUAUCGUGCAGAUGUCGGGCGUCACCUUCGGUUACAACCCAGAGAACAUCCUGCUCCGGGACGUGGACCUGGACGUGCAGCUAGACUCGCGUAUUGGCAUCGUGGGACCCAACGGUGCCGGUAAAACCACCAUCCUCAAACUACUUAUCGGCAAGUUAUCGCCGACUAAGGGCAACAUUUCCCAACACUCGCGCCUACGCAUCGGUUUCUUCGCACAGCACCACGUCGACGCCCUCGAUCUCACCACGAGCGCCGUCUCCUUCAUGGCCAAGGAGUACCCGGGCCGCACAGACGAGGAGUACCGACGGACGCUGGGCGCGUUCGGAAUCACAGGAACAACAGGCCUGCAGAAGAUGGAGUUCCUGUCCGGAGGUCAGAAGUCCCGUGUCGCCUUCGCGUGCCUCGCGCUCACAAACCCCCACAUCCUCGUCCUCGACGAACCGUCCAAUCAUCUCGAUAUCGAAGCCAUGGACGCCCUCUCCGAGGCGCUCCAGGAGUUCCAGGGCGGCGUGCUCAUGGUCUCUCACGACGUCACCAUGCUCCAGACCGUCUGCACUAGUCUCUGGGUCUGCGAGAACGGCACCGUGUGGAAGUUCCCUGGCGAUGUGCAGGCGUACAAGAAGAGGAUUGCUUCGCAGGCGGAUGCUUCGGGCGUGGUUAAGGCGCAUUAGCGGAUGUGUGUGUGGUUUGUGGUAUGGGGUAUGGGGGGUUGGUAAAAGGGGUUUGGGAGGUUAGGAGGUUAUGAUAUGAUGGUUACGUAGGAAGAUACGAGAUAUGGAUAUGAAAAUAAAUCAUAUGACGAGCCAGCUGAAUGAAAGUGUGAUGCUGUCCGAGAUCUCAGAUCGGCUGUCUGCAUGCCCCUACCCAGUAAGUUUUUUUUUACCGAGCACAAUGUAUCAGAAUAGCCUACUUCCAGGGAAUCCUUGAAGCUCGAUCUUUCAUCUUUCAUCUGGCUACAUGUUCUGAUUAUACAAACCACCUAGUAGUCAUGGUUAUGGGUACUAGGUAUGUAGCCUAGGCAUAUGGACGAUAUAUACUAGAUAGGUAGGUACCUAGUGAAUAUUCGACGAUAUACCUCAAAGC